AUGCAAAACGCCAGGGCCAAGAGCGCGGGAGUGAAGGUCACCGCUUACUACGCCUGGUCACUGCUGGACAACUGGGAGUGGAAGGAGGGCUUCUCCACCAAGUUUGGCAUCGUCAACGUGGACUUCAAGAACAAGGCCCUGCCCCGCAAGCCCAAGGACAGCGCCAAGUGGCUCAAAGAGUACGUCUUUACUAAGAGCACCAAGAAGCUCGGUUGA